ACUCUCCGUUUAGACUAGUCAACUCUCAGAAGUCAAAGAACAAGCUUUCAAGUGAUUUCCUCAUACUGAAGAUAAAUAAACGUCUUCAAGAUCCUUAUCUUUGUCUCUGUAAAGCUUACUUCUACAUUCGACAAGAAGUACUUUUUUUAAAUCAGAAAAAUGUCUAAAAGAUGUCUAAGUUGUUUCAAUAAAUCUGUGAAAGCUGAGGAUGUUGUUGAGCCAGUAGUACUAAAAGAUGAUGAAGAAGAAACCCCGACAAGAAGACAAACAUGCAUCAUAGGAACUUUGGGAUACAAUGCACCUGAAUAUCUCUCCACUAGUGCCGAUUUUUAUGGAAAACUUGGGGAAGGUGAUUCUUCUUCAUCUUUGAAAAAUGAUUUCAACAAAGUGAAGACUUUUGAUUUACGAGGAGUGACAACAACAACAACAACCACAACAAAGGAGAAGUAAAAGGACGAGGAUGGGAUUUAACUUGAGAUGUAAUCUCCAUCAUGUUUGAAAAUUUGCAACACUAGAUUGCUUUCUUAUUGGAUUAUACAGUCUUGUCUUGAUCCACUGAUCCCUGAUUUUAUGUACCUGGUUACAUGUUUCUAUAUACCAGAAUUAGUAAUGAAAUUAUCUAUUGUUAAUUCUAAAAAUGACUUAAACCUAUGGAGAAAAUGGAGAAUAACUGUGUUUAGACAUCCGUUGUUUCAAAAUAGUUAUCGAGGACUCUCUUUUCGCUGAGGAACACUGUAUCACUCUCUUUGUGAAACAAUAAAAUGAAAAGUGAAAUUUCGCACUUGAAAAAUGUUGACAAGUCUCUACGUUAGGUCGGCAAAGGAACAUAUGUAUUAUUUCGUAUAAAUUUCAAGACCUUUCUUUUUUUACGUACUUUUUUUUUUUUGGUAAUUUCCUAACA